CGCCCACUUCCUCUUCCUUCUUCUCAGGGCUGAAGGCUGCACUCUCAAGCACAGUUCUUGAGCUGAGCGUCCGGAUCACGUAUUACUGAAAAAAUAUCCCCCAUGUCCUCUAUGUGUGUGUACGUCUGGGGCACUGUCACUGAUCUCCUCCAUUCGGCCUGCAGUGUGUUAGCUCUUAAAGGAGAAACAGAGAGUUCAGGAGAGCACACGGCCCCAGGAGAAGCAAGACACAGGCAUUCCUCCUGUCCCACGGACAGCAGGGCGAUUGAGGAAGAAGAAUUCGAAAUCCUUCUCUCAGAUGAACCUGAAGAAGGCGCAUCUCAGGAUCCUUCUCCAGACGGGUCAGGAGGGCAGUGGGGUGAUGAAGGGACCCCACAGACGCUGAGGCUCAUCCUGGUGGGAAAAUCCGGGAGCGGGAAAAGCGCCACGGGAAACAGCAUCCUCGGGAGGAGAGUGUUCGAGUCCAAGCUCAGCGCUCGCCCGGUGACCCAGGCCUUCCAGCAGGGGCGCCGCGCGUGGGAGGGGAGGGAGCUGCAGGUCAUCGACACCCCCGACAUCCUGUCCCCCUGGGCUGCGGGGCGGGCGACCGCUCAGGGCGUCGGCGAGGCAGGCGCCGGCUCUCCGCCGGAGCCGUACGCGGUGCUCCUGGUGACACAGCUCGGCCGCUUCACCGAGGAGGACCAGCAGGUGGCCAGGCGCCUCGAGGAGGUGUUCGGGAAGGGCAUCCUGGCCCGCACCGUCCUGGUGUUCACGCGGAAAGAAGACCUGGACGGCGGCUCGCUGGAGACGUACCUGGAGAAGACCGACAACCAGGCGCUGGCCAAGCUGCAUAAGGACUGCUCAAGCCGACACUGCGGCUUCAACAACAAGGGGGACGGAGCCGAGCAGGAGGCCCAGCUGAGGGAGCUCAUGCAGCACUUCAAAGGGGUCCCCGCCUUCAGCCCCCCGGCCGCCCCUCAGCCCCGCGCUGCGCCCCGUGAGAGCUGGGGCCUCUGGUGGCUGGGCGCCAAGGAGGGGCACAGGGACCAGGCCUGGCUGUGGGGCCUGCACCGCAUCCUGAAGGAGCCCGAGCAAGCUGGACGCCAGCUCCCGCUCAGCGCACCCAUCUGAGGCGCAGGCCUCCAUGGCUUCUUGCCUGCCUCCCUUGGCCCGGAGUCCGGCUCCCAGGCCCCUCACUUGCCCGCUCCAUCCCAGGGGUCCCUGGCCCCUCCUGUCUCCAGGGCAGCCUCUGGUCAGGCGAGAGGAGGUGAGUGGGCUCCUGAGUUCUCAGGUCCUUCAUCAUACCUUCCAGAACACAGGGGCCCUCCUGCUCUGCACCCCCAGCCAUUCCUCAUGUGUCUCUGGCAUUCGCUCUCUGCAACAGAACUCUCAGAUAAGCCAAGCCUCCUGAGGCAGGCCUGUGCUCCCUUCUGCCAUGGAACCCUGGCAGCAUUCGGGCCACUGGAGUCUUGGCUUAAAACUCGAUGCAGCAGAUCAGUGUGGAACGUGGACUGGGCAACUCUGCAUCUCUUGGGCUGUCUUUGCCUGUUAAGAGGGCAGGCACGAUGGCUUUUAAAGGCCUGUGCCAGUGGGGCAGGACAGGCUCUGGGCUGGGGAGGAGAAGGCAACUAGAAACGGGGGAGGGCCACAAGGAGCUGCUCUUGAUUCGCUCUUGAAAGAGGCCACCACCUGCAGCAAAGGGACCCCAUGGGAAGGAGCAAAGCAGGGCAGGGGUAUCCAGGGGCGAGAUCUGCUCAGGGAAUGGGGCCUAGACCUGGCUGCAGGACAUGCGUCCCCCUGGAGGUCCAAGUGGACUUGGGCAGCGGAGGAGCUCUUCCCAGGGAGGCUUGGACAAGGGAGGUCAUAUACCUGAUACCGCCCCUCUGAUGCCCACCCUCCCACAUGGAGAGCAGAGGAGACUUCCAGCCCAGCCUCUGCCUGACCAGCAACCCCUUCCCUUCUCCAUUGAGAGAGGGGAGAAAGCAAGGUUCAUCUGGGCUUGUAGGCGGGUUCCCCAGCCAGGUGUUUGGGGGUGUAGAAUGGAGGGAGGAAGGAAGAAAGGGAAGCUGCAAAGAAAGAAGCAGGAGACCAUGUGAAUGUCCUCAGGAGCAGCCUAUGGGCCUCGGAGAGUCCUGCAACUCGGGGUGUCCAUCUCGUCCUCACCCAGAGGACCCAUGUGAAAGCUGGAGCAGGUCUUUAGCUAAAAGGGUCUAGAGUCAGAACAGAGACACAUCAGAGUAUGCUUAAGAUAGCCUUUGUGCCAGACCAUUUACUAAGUAGGUGAUCAUCUCCUGCUGAACUGAAACAGGAGUUAUCAUAUGGUAAAUUUUCAUAUUCCCUAUGAUUUCUGUGAGAAUUUUUGCAUCUCUUCUUGUCUUCCAUCUUCUCAACUCCUAUAUGAAUAAAAUAUUGACUUGAUUCCUGUGGCUUUGAUUGUAAUGUGAACUCUCCCCCUCCACUUCCGAUUUCCUCCUCAGUCACCAUUUUUGUAUUUCUUUUGUUAUUUUCAGGCAUUUCUUCUUCUGUGUGAAAAUUAAAAUUACUUGUUGAAUUUUCUAAAAA